CAGGAACAAAAUCCGUUUAUCUGCGAUUUUCAGCAUCAGCGCUUAGCUAAUUAUUAUCAGUAUUGAUACUGACACGGUGAUGUAAUUUGUUGAGCUAUUGACCCACAACUUUGCACAAUUACUUACAGGGGUGGCCUAGGGGGGCUGACUCACUCGCUGUACAGAAGAAAACAAAUCCAUGCGGACCUUAAGGGUCCAAGAGGCAAAAAGGUUCAGCAUGUAACAAAAGCCCCAUGUAGCCAACCAAGUUUCCAAAAUCUGGAAAUCCUUGAUCUAGAGAUACUAUGUGAAAACCUAAAUAGGCCUAUAGGAAAUGUCUGAUGGCUGACAUUUAAUAAUGUUCAAAUUGGCCUGACACAGCCCUCAAAAAAAAUCAUGAAGAACAGAUCUGGUGCUUUCGAAGGAUCAGGCUGAUCCAGUAAAUUAUGUAUUGUUCAUGGUUGUUGUUUAACUAACUGUCUGUACAGCUGCGAUGGGAAGUCCGCUUUGUCGGUUUAAUUGAGCGGACGCGCCAGAUUGAUUGGGAUCUAUCGCGAGGACAUACCCUGUCAUCAGCUGCCUCAAAUCUCGCUCGUUUAUGUUGACGUCAAGGGCAGAGUCGGCUCAGUGUCAACAGAGCAGCUGCCGUUUACUCCACUUGUCCCUCCUGAGAUCAGAAACACGUCAACAUGCCGCCAACACAUCUGGGAAACGCUCUGAUACUAGGAGUUGUGAUCCAUCAUGUUGCAAUGGGGCUGCUCUCUAGAUCCCCCGACUGCCUGAGGUCGAUAGAUACCUGCAUCUCUGAUCUGUGCAGAAACAUGGAACAGGCAGGUGCUAUUGGCUCACUGUGUGGCGAUGACGGGUGUCAAAUAAUAGGCUCGGAGGUCUGUAACGUGAGCGUGGGGGCCAUGCUGGAGCAGUUCCCGUCACUGCAGCAGUGUAUGUGUGUCUGGUUGGAGGAGGUGGAGGAGGUGGAGGAGGAGGAGGUGGAGCCCUGUCGCUCUCUGCAAGCACUCACAACACAAUGCCACCAGAAACCAGCUCUGCGGAAGAGAAGCACGCCUGCAGAGAUGGACUGGAAAGCCAGCAAUUUACUCGGCGUCGUGUCCAGCGACGGUGGGUCCUGCCUGAAGCGGAUCGGGACGUGUCUCGCCGACCCGGUGUGCAACCGGAACCUGUGGCCGCUGCUGGAGGCGUGCGGCGAGGAGCGGUGCCACGGCACGCGGUGUCGGGGCGCGUCCCGGCGCUUCUACGGGGGCCUGCCCGCGUCCGUGGCCGACCUGCUGGUGAUGUGUGACUGCGGGCCCGGGGAGAAGGACUGCCGGCGCAUGGCCGCCAGGCUGCACCGUGGCACGUGCGGCGGUGAAGUGUGGAGUUGUCAGGAAGGGGUUAGCCACUGCUGGAGGGACCAGAGCUGCAGACAGCGCUUGAAAAGCUUUACAUCGAAAUGCUGGCAUGCGGAGAGUGCGACGUGCGGGGAAUAUGACGAUGGAAAUGAGGAGUGCGUUUGGCAGAUGGAACCAGCUCUCCUUCUCAGCGGAGAGGCCGAGUGCAGAACGGCAUUCCUCGCGCUGAUGGGCACCCCACUCCAGUACCCGUGUACCUGCACGGGCUUGAACUCCGGCGAGCGGCAGAGAUGCGACACCGUCAGUAAUGUACUCCACAAUCGCUCACGCUUCACGGGACUCUGGCCAACAUUGGUGGAUUCUAACAAAACCUUUGACACUGGGGAAUCGAAGUCUGAUGGACACACCUGGGUGACUGGCCACUUCCUCUACGGGCUGAUAUACUUGGCCCUCAUUGUAAUCGUCAUUUUAGUGACCACUGGGAUUCUGUGUAAAUCUGGUGUGCUGAGGAAAAAAGGCCAAACCCAGUUUCACCCCCUGGGGAAACCAACAUGUGUGGCUAUUCUCUGACAAACUAAACAAACGUUUCUCUGUCAUGAAAAGGGGAAAGAAUAUAGGGCUUUCCUUGGCAGGGGGUCUCCACAGUUAUAAUGGUACAUGUGCCGUUCCUUUAUUUACUGAUAUUUGUUUUGUUGUUGCUGUACACUUUCCUCAAAGGGACUACGUUGGUAUUUAUGUUGGUAUUUCUCCCCAUUUCAUGUUCAUGCUUCCCUGUUUUCUUUCCUGUUUUUUGUUUUGUAUUUGUAGCAAGAUAUGAAUGAUGUUAUUGAUUAUUAAGGGCAGUUCAUUGAUUUGUUGCCUGAAAAAAUAACCAUAUAUAUUUAUUUCCAUUCAUGUAUUUUUAAUGAUAAAAAAAAACACUGUUACCAAA